AUGCACGUUAAAAACAAACAUGGAUUGACUGGUGGAGAUCUCCCUAAUACUAAUCCCACCGGUAGCCGAUUACCUGAUCAUUUUAGAACCAAAACAUCAUCAUCUUCCGGUGUCCAGUCGCCACUGCCGGGCCCUUCCGGUGUCCAGUCGCCGCUGCCGGGUCCCUCCGGUGUCCAGUCGCCGCUGCCGGGUCCCUCCGGUGUCCAGUCGCCGCUGCCGGGCCCUUCCGGUACUGGCCAACCAACGGGAGAACAUACCUAUUCGGAUGAUGUGAGCUUGGGAGGAAAUGCUAACGUGAGAAACAUAUAUCCACAUUUCAGUGACAAUAGUGACAUACUCACUUUUUUUGCCAGCUCCAAAACGGAAGUGAUGAAACAUUUAAAACUGUUGUGUGAGAGAUUGAACGGAAUUAAGUGGUAUCUUAACAUUCGUGUUUCAUUGGAAAAGGAAACUAGAGAAGGUAAUGUAGUCCAGACCACCCCACAUUUCUUGAGUAAAGCAUACAUAUUGAUGCCAAAUGAUUCUGGUCUAGAACACGAUAUCAAUGCAGCUUAUCAGAAAAUGUUUGCCUCGAUUGAGGAAUUCGUUCGUAAGGGGUCUGCAUGGGUACUCAAGAAAAUCAUCAAAUUAGAAAUACACGUUGCAAAUUACUCACCUUUGAGUGGCACUUCCUACAUACCGACCCCGACUACUUUUAAACGUCACAAAAUAGUAAAUGUCUGUAAUCGUGACGAAAAAUGCUUCUUAUGGUCCGUUUUGGCAUCUCUCCAUCCUGCCGAUACCUUACCCGAACGCGUCUCCCAUUACGAGAAGUACGAAAGCGAACUAGAUAUGACAGGUAUCCAAUAUCCAGUCUCCAUCUCCCAAGUACAAAAGUUUGAAAGACAGAACGACGUAUCGGUAAACGUGUUUGGGCUCGAGGACAAAACCGUCUAUCCCAUGCAUGUGACCAAGACGAAACAGUCCCGUCACCAUGUCAAUCUGCUCUUUUUACAAGAAGGUGUAAAAACCCAUUACUGUUUGAUUCCAAAUUUAAAUAUGUUUUUGAGCAGAACGAAAAAAGGGCAUAAUCUGACACAUUUUUGCCAGCAUUGCCUGCAAGGUUUCACGAGUAGUGUUUUAUUAAACAAACACGUGGAACUGUGUUCCACUCACAAGACACAGAGAGUAGAGUUCCCCAGUGAAGACGACGCUCUGUUGUCGUUUGGAGACUUUCAGAAACAAAUGAAAGUGCCAUUCGUAAUCUAUGCCGAUUUCGAAACAUUUGUAGAGAAAAUGGACUCAUGUGAGCCCAACCCAGACCUUUCAAGCACGACUAAGAAUACAAAAUUCAAACCCUGUGGGUUUGGAUACCAAGUCGUGUGUAUGGAAGAUAGAUACACCAAACCACCCGUCAUUUACAGGGGGGCUGACGUUAGCAAAACGUUUUUGAAAUGUAUCAUAGAGGAAGAAAAACGAAUUAAGGAAGUUUUAAGCCACCCAGAACCGCUAGUCAUGUCUCUCCAGGACGAGCAGUCGUUUAUGGAGAGUACUCGGUGCCAUAUCUGUGGUAAACAUUUUACAGAACAAAGUACUGUGGUACGAGAUCACUGUCAUUUGAGUGGGAAAUUUCGCGGCGCCGCUCACAACGAAUGCAAUUUGAAGUAUAAAUACCCCACUCACAUACCUUGUGUGUUUCAUAACCUAAAGGGGUUCGAUGCUCACAUCCUGACGGAAAGCGUGGGCCUAUUUAAAGACCGCAAUAUCAACUGCAUUCCAAACAAUACAGAAAAGUACAUUUCGUUUAGUCUUGGCGAUAUUAGAUUCAUAGAUUCGUUUCAAUUCAUGUCUCAGAGUCUAGAGACUUUGACAGAAAAUCUUGCCAAAGAGGGUUUGACGAAAUUCAAUAACUUCUCUAGGGAGUUUACCGAAUCAGACGCCAAAUUACUACUAAGAAAAGGGAUAUAUCCCUACGAAUACGUAGACACUGCCGAUAGAUUCUCAGAACAAAAGCUCCCCUCAAAAGAGAAAUUCUACAGUUCGCUGAGUCGAUCAGACGUGACAGAUGCUGAUUACGCGCAUGCACAAUCCGUAUGGGAGAAACUGAACAUUCGAGACCUCGGUCAGUAUCACGACCUCUACCUCAAGACGGACGUACUACUAUUGGCCGAUGUCUUUGAGAACUUCAGAAACAUGUGUCUCGAUUGUUAUGGGUUAGAUGCGGCUCACUUCUAUACCAGCCCAGGGUUGGCUUGGAGUGCAGCCUUAAAAAUGACGGGAGUGAGGUUAGAACUCAUCAGAGAUCCAGACAUGUAUCUCUUAUUUGAAAACGGAGUGAGAGGUGGAGUUAGCAUGAUAUCAAACAAAUACGCUCAAGCUAACAAUCCUUACAUUCCAGAAACGUACGACCUCUCCCAACCACACUCGUACAUCAUGUACACAGAUUGUAAUAAUUUGUACGGGAAGGCCAUGUUGGAGUCGUUACCCGUCGGCGGGUUUCGGUGGGUGGAGAAUCCACACACAUUUGACAUAACCAAAGUCUCCAAAGACGGAGACUUGGGAUAUGUACUCGAAGUAGAUCUGGAAUACCCAGACGAACUUCACGACAGCCAUUCCGAUUACCCCCUCGCACCGGAACGCAAAAAAGUCUCCGACAAUGAAUUGUCACCAACUAGUAAACAGCUGUGGAAAAGUUUACAUCCUAGCCCCAAACACACUGGUGACACAUUAUACGGGCGCGUUCCGACAGAAAAACUGAUUCCCACAUUAGAAAACAAGACGAAAUACAUCUGCAAUUACAGAAAUUUGCUGUUGUACGUGAAACUGGGUCUCAAAGUCACCAAAAUUUACAGAAUCCUAGAAUUCAAACAGAAACCUUGGUUACGCCCGUACAUACAAUUCAACACGUCAAAAAGAGCGGCAUGUACGAAUGAGUUCGAGAAAGAUUUCUUUAAACUCAUGAACAAUGCCGUGUUCGGUAAGACGAUGGAGAACGUGCGCUCCAGAGUCGAUAUCAAGCUGGCACACACGGAAAAGAAACUCAAAAAGUACGUGGCCAGACCUUCAUUUCAAAGGUUUACUAUCUUUAACGAAGAUUUAGUAGCCGUUCAAAACGACCAAGUCAAACUCGUACUAAACAAACCAGUAUAUGUAGGACAGACCAUUCUAGAUCUGUCCAAGUGUAUCAUGUACGAGUUUUAUUACAAGUACCUAAAACCGAAAUACGGAGAUGGAAUCAAGCUACUCAUGACGGAUACGGACAGUCUUUUGUACCACGUCCAAUGUCCGGACGUCUAUGACGACAUGUAUCGGGACAGACAUCUGUUUGAUCUGUCCAAUUAUCCGAUCGACCAUCGCUGUCAAGACACAAGAAACAAAAAGAUACCGGGAUAUUUCAAGGAUGAAACGGGAAGUGAGCCCAUUGCAGAGUUCGUAGGACUUCGUGCCAAAAUGUAUUCGUACGUGUACGCCGUGAGAAAUAGAACUGAAAUAGAAAAUCUGGUAGUCCUAUGGAACGACAUGAAAGAAAAACAGGUAGCUAAAGGUAUCGCAAAGGCGACCAUCAGACGUGAUCUUAGGCACGACAUGUACAGAGACUGUUUAUUCGCCGACAAAACGAAAAUGUGCAAAAUGAAUUCCAUCAGAAGCGAUAAACACCAGCUGUACGUGUACACCGUCAACAAAUCGGGCCUGUGUUCCUUCGACGAUAAGCGCUGGGUCUUACCCAAUCGGUGCGAUACGCUUUCAUUCGGUCAUUAUAUGAUAUCUGCAAUGGGUUGGCAAUAA